GUAAACCCCCAAUCAUAAAACGAAUUAGGAUCUCCCGUUUCGUAAGUGGCCUUCUUUCGUUCGGAAGCAGACAAGAUGGAUUCUGCAUAGUGGAGGCGGAGGUGCGGGUGCAUAUUCGGUGAAUCGAAGUUGGAUGAGGGGAGGCCUAAAGCUCCAAGCCUGCAAGGUUGGACUGAAAUGGAAGGAUCGUGCUUUCUCUGCGGUGGUAUCUCGACCUUGGCUCUUAACUCACCAAGCCUGAAUCUCCGUCGGCAUCAUCAUAAUCAUGCGUCCAGGUCCAGGUCCAGGUCCAGUCCUUCUUCUUUUAGGUCCAUUUCCUUGUUCGGCAGUGACAAUCAUCGAAGCUUCUUUUGUGAUUAUACUCUCUCAACCACAUUCCGAUUCCAACAAUAUGGCACCAAGACAACAACGACCACAGCCACAAGAAAAAGGGACCUCAAGACCAGAAUUAGCAGUGCUGCUUCUUCCAACAGGAACCUCAAGACCAGUACCUCCAGCAGCAACAUUUUUACGGCUGCAUCUACCAAGCAGCAGCAGAAGCAGAAGCAGGAGCAGAAGCAAAAGCAGAAGCAGUCACAGCCAGCCACAGAGGUGAACAAAAACAGGACAGUAAACGUGCGUGGUCUGUAUCAGAAUGGAGACCCACUGGGGCGAAGGGAUUUGGGGAAAUGCGUUGUGAUGUGGAUAUGCCAGGGGAUGAAAGCCAUGGCAUCGGAUUUCGCUCUAGCGGAGGUUCAAGGGGAGUUUUCUGAGGUCAGACAGCGAAUGGGGCCGGGUCUCACUUUCGUAAUCCAGGCUCAGCCUUACCUCGCUGCUGUCCCCAUGCCCCUUGGCCUUGAAUCCGUCUGCUUGAAGGCCUGCACCCAUUAUCCCACUCUCUUUGACCACUUCCAGAGGGAGUUGAGAGACGUCCUCCAGGACCUCCAGAACAAAUCGUUGAUCCACGAUUGGCGCGAUGCUGAAUCGUGGAAGCUGCUCAAAGAACUCGCCCAUUCAGCUCAGCAUAGAGCCAUUGCACGGAAGAUUUCACAGACAAAGACUGUACACCAUGGUUUAGGGAUGGACAUGGAGAAGGCUAAAGCUAUUCAGAGCAGGAUUGAUGAUUUUACAAAGUGGAUGUCAGAUCUACUUCGAAUAGAAAGGGAUGCUGAGUUGGAGUUUACUCAGGAAGAGUUGAACGCGGUUCCUACACCUGACAAGAGUACAGAUUCAACAAAGCCAAUUGAAUUCUUGGUUAGCCAUGGCCAGGCUGAGCAAGAACUCUGUGAUACCAUCUGCAAUUUGAAUGCAGUUAGCACAUUUACAGGAUUAGGUGGAAUGCAUUUGGUACUGUUCAGGGUAGAGGGAAAUCACAGGUUACCGCCCACUACACUUUCUCCUGGAGACAUGGUUUGUGUAAGAACAUGUGAUAAGAGGGGUGCUGGAGCAACUUCUUGCAUGCAAGGGUUUGUCAACUCACUAGGGGAGGAUGGAUGCAGCAUCAGUGUCGCACUGGAGUCUCUGCAUGGUGAUCCCACCUUUUCUAAGCUCUUUGGCAAGACUGUGCGCAUUGAUCGCAUACAUGGAUUGGCUGAUGCACUCACAUACGAGCGUAAUUGUGAAGCACUGAUGGUGCUUCAGAAGAAAGGUUUGCAGAAGAAAAAUCCAUCAAUUGCUGUUGUGGCUACACUCUUUGGAGACAAAGAAGAUGUUGCAUGGCUGGAGGAGAAUCAUUUGGCAGAUUGGUCUGAAGCACAAUUGGAUGGAUUAUUAGAUGGAGAAAAUUACGAUGACUCACAGCGCAGAGCAAUUGCCCUAGGUUUGAACCAGAAGCGGCCCAUAUUGAUAAUACAAGGGCCUCCUGGUACUGGAAAGACCGGUUUGCUUAAGGAACUGAUCUUACUUGCUGUUAGACAAGGAGAGAGGGUGCUCUUAACUGCUCCUACAAAUGCGGCUGUGGACAACAUGGUUGAAAAACUUUCUAAUAUUGGGGUAGACAUCGUCCGUGUGGGAAAUCCAGCACGAAUAUCUCCUGCAGUGGCUUCAAAAUCUUUGAUUGAGAUUGUAAAUGCUAAGCUUGCAAAUUUUCGAACAGAGUUUGAAAGAAAAAAAUCAGAUUUGAGAAAGGACCUGAGAUAUUGUUUAAAAGAUGACUCUUUAGCUGCUGGCAUCCGCCAACUUCUAAAACAACUUGGAAAGACAUUGAAGAAGAAGGAGAAGGAGACUGUGAAGGAAAUAUUGUCUAGUGCUCAAGUUGUUCUUGCCACUAAUACUGGAGCAGCUGAUCCUCUAAUCCGACGACUAGAUUCCUUCGAUCUAGUUGUUAUAGAUGAAGCGGGACAAGCAAUUGAACCUUCUUGCUGGAUUCCAAUACUUCAGGGAAAGCGGUGCAUUCUUGCAGGUGACGAAUGCCAACUUGCUCCAGUAAUUCUAUCUAGAAAAGCUUUAGAAGGCGGUCUGGGAAUCUCUCUCCUGGAGAGAGCAGCAGCUUUGCACCAAGGGGUUCUUGCUACCAAGUUAACAACACAGUACCGGAUGAAUGAUGCAAUAGCCAGCUGGGCAUCAAAGGAGAUGUAUGGUGGAUCACUGAAAUCCUCUUCGAUUAUCUCUUCUCAUCUUCUUGUAGAUUCUCCGUUUAUCAAGCCAACAUGGAUAACACAGUGCCCAUUGCUUUUGCUUGAUACAAGAAUGCCAUAUGGAAGUUUGUCAGUUGGCUGUGAAGAGCAUUUAGACCCAGCUGGCACAGGCUCCUUUUACAAUGAAGGGGAAGCAGAUAUUGUUGUGCAACACGUCUCUUCUUUGAUUUAUGCUGUAUAUUAUACAGGUGUUAGCCCAACAGCUAUUGCAGUGCAGUCUCCAUAUGUUGCUCAAGUGCAACUGUUGAGGGACAGGUUUGAUGAGCUUCCAGAGGCUGCAGGUGUUGAGGUUGCAACUAUUGAUAGCUUUCAAGGCCGGGAAGCUGAUGCAGUUAUUAUAUCAAUGGUCCGCUCAAACACUCUUGGAGCUGUUGGGUUUUUAGGGGAUAGUCGGCGAAUGAAUGUUGCCAUAACAAGAGCACGAAAGCAUGUAGCAGUAGUGUGUGAUAGCUCAACCAUAUGCCAUAACACCUUCUUGGCAAGGCUGUUGCGUCAUAUUAGAUACUUUGGUAGAGUGAAGCAUGCCGAGCCUGGUAGUUCUUGGGGAUCUGGCCUUGGCACAAACCCCAUGUUGCCUUCUAUCAGUUAACCUUGCAGGAGUGGAUAAGGUACGUAAUUCUUUUACUGAUUUGAACUGGUGAUUUUUAGGGAGAAGCAAUUUAAUUGAUGCUUUUCAUUCCUUAUGUCUGCUUCCAUGCUUGUUGAUGUACAGAAUGUGUUUCAAUUUAUUAACAGAGAAUUUUUAAGUGAUUGUGUGCAGAAACAGAAGUCUAACACUGUAAAUAAAAAAUACAUAAUUUUUUUCCUUGUGCAAUUUAAACAGACUGGUUUAAUUCACAGUUAAUUUGACUAGUGACUUAACAUA